AAACAUACAUAUAUAAUUUAUAUUUCACUAUGUCCAAUUAUAACUUAUGAAAAUAUAUUUACAGUACAACUACAUAUUUUCUAUGAUGUUAUUGGGGAUUCAAGCUGACCUUGAAGGUUCUGGUAACAUUAAGCUAGUAAAUACUGGGCCCCGCUUCCUCUGAUCAUGCAGUUGUAGAUUUGUAUUGAUUAAUCUGGUUGAUCUGUUUGUUAACCACAAUACAAACCACAAGGAUUUUGAAAUGAGCUCCAGUAUAGUGAAACAAAAUUGAAUUGGGCUCUCAGGAGAAAUCUCUGCUCAUGCCCAUCUUGAUUCGUUUGGUGAAAGACUGGAAAAGCUCAUCUCUUAUCUGAAGUAUGUUGGACUACUAUCUCACACUUUUCUCCUUUCUGCAAAUGACUGACAUCCCCAGAGCAAACAGUCUUAACUGGACCUGUCAGAACAUGAGUACACCUGUAUUGUAUGCGAGAAGAGAGGAAAGAGAGGAGAAAGCCGAGUGUGUGAGGAACACAAUAAUCACAGCCCUGAGCUGCUUAUCUUCAGAGAUGCAGCAUAAGCUUUGCUCUUUGCACUCCGUUUUGACCAUUGUGCUUGUUGAGUAAAUUUGCUCUUGGCCCAAGGGGAUCUGAGCCCCACCCUGCUUCCAAACUCUCUCUCUCUCUCUGUGUCAGUCUUUGUCUGUCUGUCUGUCAGCCUUUGAAAUGUCUCACACCUUCACACAAUCCCACCACAAAAUCUUAAUAAACAUUUCCAAAUAGAAGAUGAUGAACCUUUGGAAAAAAAUUAAGGACUGAAAUAAAACAAAACACAGUUAUGCAUGAGAAAUGACUCAAUUUAAUUUUGUGAGACUCUCAAAGUUUUAGGAAACAAUGCAUGCCACCACACUGUUUACUAGAUAACAGAUUAAAGAGCAAGUUUCAACAAAAAAACUUGUAUUUCCAAUGUCAGAGACCCCGCACCCCCUGCUAUCGGGUUGUUUGCUGUGCUUUUCUUUCCAGGGCAUUGGUAUGUAUGUUUAGGAAUUCUAAUCUUAUCUGAGUAUCUCCCAACAUUAACAUCUGUUAUGCUGCAAUUACCAUAUACAUUAGUCGACACCUGUUUCACUUAAACCUAUUUAAUUACGACAAUUGUACUGGUUUGUUGUGGGCAAAAACAAAGUCAUCCCCGUUUAAAAGAGGUUUGAUGUUCAGUCACAGGUUCAUUUUGACCCGAAAGAAUAAAAUCAUUUGCAACCGUGCGGAAAUAAUGGGCUACAUUAGAAAAUAAACAAAAUUUAAAGAUUUGAGAAAAAAAAAAAAAAAAACGGCGUGUAGGCGGGUUUUAUUUUUAGCCUACACAAUGGUGUAAAAGUUGCAAAGAUGUCAAAUGCGUGCAUUCGUUUAGGCCUAUAAAUCUAAUAUUUUGUAACAACUUUAACAAAAACUUUUUCUAGCAAUGCUUAUUUAAAAAUGUAAAUAUUAAAAAUACAUUAGCCUAUUCUUACUAAAUAGCCCAUAAUAGUAAAAAUAAAAAUAGUUUUGUUGCCUAUGUUUUACGCUAAAUGAAAGCUAGCCUAACCUAUUUUGUGCUAAUCAAUUAGCUAAUCAAACGCAUUAAAUAGAAUAGCGUACUACUUAGGCUACAUCAGAUGAUGUAAAAUCAAAGCAACUAAAGAUUUCAAAUCGGUGUUAAUUAGUUAAAACCGCUAAAGGUAUUUUCCUACUUUUUAAAGGCUUCAAACACACAUUGCACCGUGUUGCUAAUCAAAUUCUGAUAAUGGCUUGUCAUGUUGAGUCUUGUAUCGGUUUGCUCAGACAAAAAGAUGAAACAGUCUCAGCAAGAUGGAAAAAAGUUUAUUCUGAGACGUUAAUGUGCGACAUUUGAAGGUGUUUCCAAUGGCUUUAGUAUCACUUUUUCCUGGCUGACCUUCAUUCAAUUCAUUGCAUGUAAACAAGGCUAAAUAAAACAUAGGCUAUAUAAAUCAAAACCAAAGUAUAGUUAUUACGUGUAAAUACAUUUUUAAUUUAAAUUAAUUUAAUUUUUAAAUUUUAUAAUGUUUACUAUAGCUUAAUGUGCUAUAGGCUAAUAAAACAGGCCUAUGGUUUGACAAAUAUUAUUAGCUUUAAAAAAGAAACUUAAAACAUCAAUUAUCCUAUUGUUUAAAAUAGACGGAUUUUCUACACAUUUAAUAGAUUUAUAAUUAUAUUAAACUAUUUAAGGUUUAUGUAUCCAAGAAAAUGCGAGCCCUACUAUUUUCCACUCUUCAGUACGGAUAAGCGUGAGAUAAGCAUCAUGAGUUUAAAGACUUUUAGAGGCCGUUAAAAGGAACAACCGAAAUUCUCCUUUGAAGGGAUUUACUCCCAGAGAAAUCCUUCGGAUCACAGCUGUCAAUCAACUGCUCUGACACCGCCCACUGAUGCGGCUCCGCCUAUAAAGAGAGCCCGUGGACUCGGGGGAGUGUCAUUCAAACACCAGAGCUCAGGGAGUAAGGAUGCCUGCUUCACCAACGGGGUUUGGAAACUUCUUCAUGGACAGAAACAUCAACAUGCCCGCUGGAUAUCAAUUAUUGGGAUGCCCACCUGGAAUGCAACAGCCACCGCCACAUCUUGUGGGCAUGGCUGGGGUGCCCUUACCUUUCUCAGGAAUACCGGGGUACAGCUUCAUCCCUUAUCCUCAUCCGGGACACAUGGCACACAUUAGCAAUUCCUAUGACCUCAAGGCUGCAUCACCGUAUCACCAAGCUCUCCUCGGACGUGGAGGACCCUAUUACACUCCUUAUCGUCCCAUACCAGCUGAUGACCCCAGUCGGGUCACCAAGGUGGCCACCCGGGAGAGCACCAGCGCUUUGAAGGCCUGGCUCAGCGAGCACCUGAAAAACCCAUAUCCCACCAAAGGCGAGAAGAUCAUGCUUGCCAUCGUCACCAAGAUGAGCCUCACGCAGGUGUCGACGUGGUUCGCCAACGCCCGGCGCCGCCUCAAGAAGGAGAACCGGGUCAGCUGGGCCUCCAAAGGAAAGUCCGACGAGGAGGAUGAGGAAGAGGAGGGUGAGAGCGAAGAGGAGGGGUCCUUGAGGAAAGGCACGGAGGAUGAAGAUGAGAUCGAUCCUCAAACGGUUGAUGAGGAAGACGAGGAUGUCGCGGUGGAGGACCGUUUAGCGGAAGGACUUGAUCAGCAAAAGGAAAGUGACAAGUCUGACACAUCGUGUGAGAGCAAAAGAGAGGCGUGUAAGCAAAACGUCGAUGUCCAGAAACCUAAAAUCUGGUCUCUCGCGGAAACCGCGACCUCCGAUAUCGUCAAGAAACCCAGCGAUUUGAAACAUCUUCAAAGCCCAGACUUUGGGAAAUGGUGGGCUGGAUGGCCUUCAAGGGACUCCUACUCACCUGUAAACCUUUCCACACACGACCUUCUCAAACAAAGUCAAUGAAACUGUAAAUCCAAAAACACUCUCUUAGACUGAAUUUUGCACUUUGAAACCAUUGGGAACGUUUUGUUGUGGAAGUUUGCAUACAAGAUUUAAUCCAAUGCCUGCAUGGUUUAAAAACCAAAGGAUGCGUAUUGUGUAAAUAUUGUACAUUUAUUUUGUUUAAAUUAUAAAUGCAUUUACCUGCUGACUUAUUUUUGCUAAAAUAAAACGUUGAAAAUCGAAAA